AAUUUUGCGAAGCCCGGAGAGCUUCAACAUGCCAGGAUGGAAGGCAGGGGACACUGCGGAGAAAUCACCAUCAGUGCAUUAUGCAAACUGGAAGGAGAACAUUUUGUUAAAGAAACAAAUGCAUGUUCUGGAGAGAAGCGAGAAGAAUGUGAUUCACAGAAUCAAGAUAGACCAGAAAGUGUUGUUUAAAAGAUUCCAGGAUAAACUCUACAGAUCUAAGCUAUGCGAGGCUCGUCUGCACGGAAACAAGGAAACCGAGAGGGUACUGCGCGCCAAGCAUCAUCAUGGACUAAACACUGAUUUUGGAAGCGCCGAAAAAGAUUACGAAUUCCUCACAAAGCUUCAAAAUAAUAGAAAAAGGACGGAUAAAAAACAAAACAAGCAAAAGAAACCACCAGCAAUAAAGGUUACAACGUCAAAGGUUGAGAAUAAUGGUCUUAUCGAUGACGUAUUUGUGGAGGACAAAGGUCCUCGGCGCAGGAGCAACUCCAUCACAGAAGGUAUGGCGUCAAGGUCCACUGGCAUGACAUCAGGGUCACUUCUUCAACCAAAACCUUCAGAACGACCAUCAACCACGGGAAGUAACCCAUUACCGCGACAGAUUGAAGUCGGCGUUAAAACCCUGUCUAUUACAAAACCCAUUCUUAUGAAUAUUUCUACAAAAGGGAAGAGUCCAGAAAAUAAACUUAUGCAUGCGACUUUGGAUAAAUUACCGAAAAACAAGACACGACCACAUACUUGCAAACCUUCACUGUUGCUACAGGUAACGCAAGAGGCAACCGCAAAACAGCGGGUAUCUGAAACCGAAAAUCACAGGAAGAAAUCGUCAAGCUUCUUUGAAGAUGAGAAGAAAAUAGACAUUGUAGACCUUCAAUUAAAAGCUAUCAAGUCUCUUAAUUACGAUGACAAAAUUAAAGAGUUUGUAGACUCUCUAAACGAGUUCGUUGUCGAUGAUAUUGAAGAUCGGGAUUACUACACUCUAAGGCUUCGGGCAGCCAUGAAAGAAAUGUAUGAAAAUAGAUACGACCCUGUACCCGGAACACCGGAGGACGAAUAUAACCGGCACGUAGGGAACUUAGAACUCAAAAGUUUGACUUUCAAAAAGAUCAACCUCGAUUUCAGUUCACGUGAUCUCGUGACAACAGCAGACAACUUCCGUCCUGACCUUCAGCCAGUCAUUUUGUCUUCCGAUGAUUCUAGUGACGAUGAUGAUGACGAAUGAAAAUACAUGUAGUUUCUCGUCUGGUGAUCAAAAAUAUCGGCAUAAACUGAAAGAAAAUGUUCUUUAGAUAGAGAACAAAACUAGAAAAAUUAUUUUGGAAUUUAAU